GUUAUGUCAGAGGCGAGUCUCUCAGGGUCCUCCAAAGUCAUCAGGCGGAACUACCAGUGUCCGGAGUGCCCAAAGUCUUUCAGUGCUCCGUCUAAACUGAGACGCCACUGUCUGGGCCACACUGGCCAGAGGCCCUUCCUCUGUGGGGAGUGUGGGCGGGGCUUCAGGCAGCGUGCUCACCUGAACACCCACAGACAGACUCACAGAAGAGUACAGAGGGUUCAAGGUUCUUUGUGUGGACCAAGGGCUGGUUACUUGUCACAGGCUGAAACUCAGAACAGUUGCCAUAGUGACCCUGGACCUUCAGACAAUAACCCCACUGCUGCUGCCUCUGCAUGGCCUCCAAGACCCCGGGACUCUGACUGGCUGCCCAGUGUGGACAGCUCUGUGAAUGUGCUCCUUAGUGAAUGGCAGAGUAGGGAUGAUGCCUCAAUUCAUCAGUCUGUGAAUGAGUGCAGAACAGAGCAGGGCCAGCCUCCCAAAGUGACCAUCCUGCAGAACAACACCAGGGGCUACCAGUGCAGUGUCUGCUUCAAACUAUUCCCAUUUGCUUCCAAACUGUGGCGGCACUCUCUGACCCACGCAGAACCUAGGCCCAUUCAGUGCCACUCUGGUGGCCUGGUCUUCCGUCAGGUAGCCCAGCUGAAAAGGCACCCCUGCUGGAACCAGAGUAGGAAGUUGGAUGGAUAUCGAUGCACUAAAGGAGCAGGAGAUGCACAAAACCAGACAGUAGAACUUGCAGAGUUUGGCCAGGAAAUAUCAUGCAAUCAAAACCCAGGUCAGAGAGGGAGCAGUUCACAGCUGGGUAAGAGGAACACUCUGGAUGUGCUGCUCAAUGUCAGUGUUAAACCUGAGCAUUGUGGUGACCCCAGAGCCGUGGAGAAGAAGUCAACCCAACAGAGGAAGCCCUAUCAGUGUGGCAUCUGUUCCAAACAUUUUUCUGCCCCCUCCAAACUUCAGAGGCACAUCUUAAUUCACACAGGACAAAGGCCCUUCGAAUGCCACGUGUGUGGAAAGAGAUUACGCCAGCUAGCGCAUAUGAAACCCCAUCUCAGAACCCAUUUUUCUCCCAGGCACGUCCCCUGUAGAAAGACCAGGGUGGACAGUGACUCACUGUCCUCUGGCCAGGUCAAAUGUGAUGGUGUAAAUUCAGUGACAGAAUUAAGGCUGGACGCCCCCCUUCUGAGAGACACCCCAGAGAAGCUGCAUCCCAAGGGCAGUGCGGAGAGCAAGCCAUCCAUCUAA